AUGAGUCUUCCACCGCUUCCUAUCCAACAGCGGACACAGUCCCCCGAACUGCAGAUGUCUCUCCCGGUAUUCCCCCUUCCGAUUUUACCUGAUGCACCGCCUAAAUCUAUACUCGCAUUGCAAGGUCUUGAUCAAGCUUUAGUUCAAGCUGAAGUUGUCAAUCCCUCCUCUCGACUACCCAUAAUACCCAAAGGAGAUGAUGCUCGCACUGGUUUAUCGGAAAGGACAAGAAGGCGCCUCAUAGAACUAGGGAUUACUGAACUAUUUGCUGUUCAGACUGCACUCCUCCCUUUUCUGCUAGGUUCUUCCGCCAUGCGGAGGUCACUGUACUCACCGUUUGACCUGUUACAAGACGUAUGUGUUUCUGCACCAACCGGAAGUGGGAAAACACUCGCAUAUGUGCUCCCAAUUGUUGAGGUUCUGUCAACGAGAAUUGUAACCCACCUCCGUGCUCUUGUCGUUCUACCGACGCGUGAUUUAGUCAUGCAAGUUAGAGAGACAGUAGAGGCGAUCGCAAAAGGACGAGGUUUGAAGAUUGGUACAGCCACCGGACAGCACUCGUUCGCUCAUGAGCAGUCGCAACUAGUUGCGGACAUGUCAGCCAAACUCUCUGGUGGAUCAAGUAAAGUUGACAUUCUGAUCUGUACCCCGGGGCGCCUUAUCGAUCAUCUCAACGGAACACCCAACUUUUCGCUACAACACCUCCGAUUCUUGGUAAUAGAUGAAGCCGAUCGAUUGCUUGCUCAGUCAUUCCAAGACUGGCUGGCUCAAGUUCUUGCCGCCACGCAACCGCCCAGAAUGGUCCCUGAGACAAGUGAAACCAAAACGCAAGCCCCUCUUUGUGAUUCUCUUGCACCCGCUUUUCUUCGCCUUCACAGGGAAGUAGACCUACAUACUGACAUCGAUGAAAAGAAAGACGUCUCGUGUCAGAAAUUACUGUUUUCCGCGACACUCACCAGUGACCCGGGAAAGCUUGCGGCUCUGGAUCUCCGACAUCCAAAGUACUUUGUUGUGCAAGGUCUAUCUGAAGAAUCCGAAAUCGAUGGUAUUCCCAACAUUAUUGCGGAACGGUUCACCAUGCCCGAAGCACUAAAGGAACACAUGAUAAUUUGCGAGGCCCCUCAGAAACCAUUAAUGCUCUUUCAUCUUGUAUACAACCAUUCCGUCCGCAAUGCACUUGUUUUCACCAAGUCGUCCGAAUCGGCCUCUCGUCUUGUCCGUUUGUUCGAAUUCUUCGAGGCUGCUACCCCCUCCAAUGAAAAUCCAAUUGCGGUUCGGUCGUAUUCGAGUGAUCUUCCUACUAACGAACGCAGGACCAUAUUGGAGAAAUUCAAGGCUCAAGAGGUCCAUCUGGAAGUUUAA